AUGACCACGAACCAACGACGCGAAACUUCCUCAUGGUCCUCCAUCAAGCCUUCUCUCUCUUCCAUGCGAACCGUUAAUCCCAUCCGACAAAUUGUUGAUAAGCUUCGUGAUGAGGACUUGAAUCCACAAAAGAAAAAACUCUCACUCUCCAUUGGAGACCCAACGGUCUUUGGAAAUUUACGUACGGAUCAUGUCGUAGAGGAGGCUGUAAUUCGGGCUGUAAAGAGUGGAGCAUGUAAUGGCUAUGCACCAUCCAUGGGACGAGAUGAUGCCCGUAAAGCUGUUGCACAACGAUGUUCUACUAAAAAUCAUGAUUUGAAGCCUUCGGAUAUUGUGAUUUGCAGCGGUGCUAGUGGAGCUUUGGAUAUUUGUGUUCAAGCCUUGUGUAACGAAGGUGAUGAAUUACUGAUACCACAACCUGGCUUCUCUCUGUAUACCACAUUGGCUGGAAGCAAAGGUAUUGAAGCUCGGUAUUACAAUUUAAAGCCUAAUGAUGAUUGGAAGGUAGAUUUGGAUCAUGUCAAAUCGCUCAUUACAGAUAAAACAAGAGCCAUCAUUGUAAAUAAUCCUUCAAAUCCAUGUGGUUCAGUAUAUUCCGAGCAACAUAUUUCAGAAAUUAUACAAUUAGCUGAAGAGUAUAAACUUCCAAUUAUUGCAGACGAAAUUUAUGCAGAUAUGAUUUUUGACGAGUCAAAGAAAUUUGUUAGAAUGGCAGAGUUAACUGAGACAGUUCCAAUUUUGAGCGUAGGUGGAAUUGCAAAACAGUACCUUGUACCUGGAUGGAGAAUUGGUUGGAUUUGCAUUUACGAUAAACAAGGUUAUUUGAAUGUUGUAAGAGACGGUAUUCAAAGGUUAACAACAUUGAUUUUAGGUGCCAACACACUCAUUCAAGGUGCUUUACCAGAUAUUCUGGAAAAGGUCGAUGAAUCAUUCUACAAGAAUGUGAACAGGUCACUGAAGGAAAGUUCUGAUUAUACCACUGAAAGAGUUUCACAAAUUAAGGGUCUUUCUGCCAUCAAACCACAAGGAGCCAUGUAUUGCAUGAUAGGUAUCGAUUUGAACAUGUUCGACGAGUCCAUUCGAGACGAUGUGGAAUUCUCGUCGCUUCUUCUCAAGGAAGAAAGCCUUGUGGUUUUGCCUGGCCAAUGCUUUAGAAUGAAAAACUAUUUCAGGGUAGUGACCUGCCCAUCUAAAGCAGAUCUUGUGGAAGCUUACGACCGAUUAGAAGCAUUCUGCCAAAGACACUUGCGAAAGCAAUAA